AUGAGAACUAAAAAUAAGCACAAACUCAAGGAUGAAGUAUCAACGGAAAUUGAAUUAUAUAAUAAAGAAAAAAUCAUUUUAAAAAGGUUAGCGGAAAAUUAAAAUAUUGAAUAUUUAGUCCAAAAUCAAAAAUAGGAGAUUUGGAAAAGAUGUGAGGAAAUCGAUCUAGAAUUAAUCAAUAUCUAUGAAGAAAACCAAAAACAAUUUCCUAAAAUCUUAGGAAAAACCUUAAUUAGAAUUUGUGAUCUUGAAGUCAAAAAUGAUUAAAAAUAUUUGAGAGUUCAAUUAGAGGGAGAAAACUAACUGUAGCUUUUUCCCUAUUCUUUUUUGAAACUUCACGUUCCUCACCAGCUAGUACAAUUUUUACUUUCGAUUUAUAAUCCAUAUUUGUGA